UAAAGAAAUUUGAAAUACGAUGUUACGCUAGAGUGUCGCCUUAAAUAGAAAAGCACUGAAUAAACUAGCUGAUACUGAUUGCUAUUUGUUGAGACAAGUGCAUUGCGUCUCUGGCCUUUUUACAUAGCAGAGUUCACAAGUUAAAGAUAAGCAAUGACAUACAUUUAACGCAAACGCUCCCUAUAAAUGGCAAUUGAAGUCAACUAUCUGCAAGAUACUGGAUGCAACUGGGGCACACUGCCUAAGCUGUACAUCUAUGCCUAGUAGUGUCCCAUGUGUUACCUCUACAACAUGUUCAACUGGGCAAGAAUGCUAUGCCAAGUACUUGUUGAAACCGAACGGAACGGUUACUUACGAGUUCGGUUGUCAGGACAGUAAGACUUGCCCCGGUCAUUCAGGUACCCAUGCGUUAAUUGGCAAGCGUGCGACUGGCGAUGUCGAAUUAUGUUACAAAUGUUGCCAAGGAGAUAUGUGUAAUCAAGGAUCAAUUUGUACAGGUUCUUCAACAUCUGUCCGGCCAAUGGUGGUUCCGACAACUGUGACUGUUAGUGUGACCACUUUGUCAACAACAGCUCAAACAACCCUUACGACCUCAGGUGGGGAUAUCUGUCUAUCUUGUACUGAUUCCCCUUUGACACGAGAAUGUCUCUAUACUGUGAACUGCGGAUCACAUGAGAGUUGUUAUGCUGACGCAUUCGAUAAUCCAAAUGGGGACACCGUUUUCAAUAUGGGUUGUCGGGAUAGACAACUAUGUGGCUCUUUCGGCAAACGUGAGGUUGUGAACCGAUCCAACGGUAACACGUUGCUGUGCGCCAAGUGUUGUCUAGGAAACCUUUGUAACGCUGCCCUCUGUGGACAAACUGGACUGCCCUCUGUUGGACCCGUGUGCUUCAAUUGUGAUCAGGCCAGCACGCCGAGCUCGUGCAACACAAUAGCGCAGUGUGGACGAGAUGAAGUAUGCCACCUUGAGAAAACCCUUAGUUCGCUAACCCACGCUACGCUAUACAAAUCAGGAUGUUUGCUCAAAACCCAUUGCGAUAGACUCGCGCAAAGUCUAACCUUAAUUGGGAGGAGGAGAUAUGACAAAACAGUUAUUACAGGGAACGACUUACAGUUACAGUGUUGUGACUCUAACGUGUGUAACCAUGGCAAAGUCAGCAGCGCUUCCAGUACCACAUUGACGACGGCAGCAGUGACGCCAACACAUAACUCAAUCUUAUCACAUCAAGGCGCAUGCACCAGAGGCCCGUGUGUCCAUGGACAAUGUUUCGAAAACAGCACCGACUACGUUUGUCAGUGUGAGAAUGGAUGGACCGGGAAGAAUUGUGAUAAUUCUACUUCCACUACUAUUGCCACUUCUAGUACUACUUCUACUACAACAACUUCUACAACUUCAACUCGUCCUACUACUACUACUAAAUUGACUGUACCUGGAGAUUGCUUGGAGUUAAGGGCCAUAACACGUGUCAGUGGCGUGUACAACAUUCGACCUGCAGGGAUGUUUCAGACCAUUGAUGUGUACUGUGACAUGGCAACGGACGGUGGGGGUUGGACGGUGUUUCAACGUCGUGUGAAUGGAUCUGUAGAUUUCUACCAAAACUUCUCCUUAUAUGAGAAUGGCUUCGGCGACGUUCACGGAGAACACUGGCUUGGUUUGAAGUACGUACAUGCCAUGACCUCCAAAGCACAGACCGAGCUUCGGGUUGACUUGAUGGCGGCAGAGGGAUCCACGGUGUAUGAAGUAUUUCCUAACUUCCGACUUUCGGCAUCACCAGACUAUAGGCUGCAUGUAGACAAGGGAAAUGGAACUGCUGGUGAUGAUUAUGGUCUAUCCUAUCACAAUGGUAAUAGCUUCUCCACAUACGACCACGACGGCGAUCACGACUGUGCAAAACAAUGCCAUGGCGGACGGUGGUAUAAUGAUUGUGCAUUUGUGAAUUUUAAUGGUCGAUAUGUAACGCCUGGAACAGCGGAUACCUCAUGUGCACACGCUGGGAUCAGUUAUUACAAUUUCAAACAAGGUGCUUCAAUGGCCGAGACUAAAAUGAUGUUUAGACGAGUUUAGAAUCGAAUCUUAUGAACAUUUGCAUACAUCUAUUGUUGCAAACUAAAUGAGCUGUAGAAUUACACCUCUGCUAUGAUGCAGCUUUUAAACGUUUAUCAAUUAAUACCUAUUUUCGUUUUAAGCUGUCGAAAUAUUGAUUUGUAUUUAUAUUGCCAGACUUUUUCUUUUGUUUUAUUUGGAAAUAUAAACGCUAAAUUUAA